AUGCGCAUCAAAGCUGUUAUCGCUGUUUACCUCGCCAGUGUCCUUACCGGCAGCUCGGCCACGGUUGACUUUGCUAAAAACGGACAGCCUUCGCGCCGUGAUGACACAUACGACUUUAUCAUUGUCGGUGGAGGCAUAUCGGGAUUGGUUGUUGCUAAUCGAUUGACGGAAGACCGCGUUACUUCUGUGCUCGUGAUUGAACGAGGCGACUUUGACAACAAGCCCGAGGCUAUCAUCCCUUACUACGGGAAUGCUCUUGAUACGAGCGUUUUAAUGCGCGUUCCGUCUGCCCCCGACGAGAAACUUGGGAAUUUGACUUACUCGGUGGCUGCCGCAGCUGUGGUUGGCGGUGGUUCCAUCGUCAACGGCAUGGGCUAUAACCGCGGAAGCAAAACCGAUUACGAUGGCUGGGAAGCUCUCGGGAACCCAGGCUGGGGCUGGGACGGUUUGUUCCCCUACUUCCUCAAAAGCACCACCUUCAUACCUCCCUCCCCAGAGGCCACUGUGCAAUGGAAUAUCACUUGGGAUGCGUCAGCCUACGGCAACGGUCCGUUGCAUCUGCACAUCCCCAACUUCCAAUACCCUGACGUAGCAACUUUUUGGAAUGCCUUCCAAAGCGAACCCAAUCUUGUCACGGGUAGAGGGUCGAAUUUGGGAGCCACUACUGUAAAUGCUACACGUACGAAUCUCCACCUGCUUCGGGGUCACACCGCAACCGAGAUCCUUUUUGCGCCUGGGAAGCAGCUAAGGGCAAAUGGAAUACGAAUCGUCUCACGGCUUGAUAACACGACACACAAUGUCUACGCAAAGAAGGAAGUGAUUCUUGCCGCUGGGGCUCUGAUGACGCCGCAGCUGCUUCAGGCGACGCAGCGGGCCGUUCUGGCGGGUCAACUCAACAGCUCGUCAUCUGCCAUCACCAUGUGGGCUGUGAGCGGCAGCGGCGGUUCCGCGGCGUCGUUGUACAAACCACUAUCCCGCGGCACUGUCACACUCAACCCGACCGACCCUAACGGGCUACCCAUCGUCACUUACAACACUUUCAUGAACCCAGUCGAUAGCGAGAACGUAGUGGCCAUCUUCCGGCGCCUACGCGCCUUUUGGCAAAGCUCCCCGCUGGCGCGCCUUGGGCCGUCCGAGGUGGCGCCCGGCCUUCAGUUCCAGACCGACGACGAGAUCCUGACGGAGCUGACGACGAACCAUGCCCUCUUCCGGCCGACGCUGGCCCACCCGUCGUGCACAUGUGCAAUGAUGCCCGAGCAUCUAGGCGGCUGCGUCUCGCCCGAUCUUGAAGUGUACGGUGUUCGCAACCUGCGGAUUGUUGAUGCGAGUAUCAUGCCCAUCAUCCCGGCCGGGGGGCUGCAGGGGACUGUAUAUGCGGUGGCCGAAAAGGCGGCUGACUUGAUUAAGAAGCCGGUGGAUCGAAUGAUGAGUGCCAAGUGUUUCUUGGUGUUCAAUGGUCAAGAUUCGCAUCAUUCUACCCGUCAUAGGCUGUUGCAGAACGAAUAUCCGGAAACUUUGCGGAAUGUCUCCGACUUGAGUUAG